CACUGCGGAGCCGCGCGAACUAGCCAUGGUGCUGUGGGAGUCCCCGCGGCCGUGCGGCGGCUGGACGCUGUGCGAGGGCUUCUGCUGGCUGCUGCUGCUGCCCGUGCUGCUGCUGCUCGCGGCCCGCCCGGCCCGGCUCGCGGCGUUCCCUACCUCCCUGAGCGACUGCCAGACGCCCACCGGCUGGAACUGCUCCGGUUAUGAUGACAGAGAAAAUGAUCUCUUCCUCUGUGACACCAACACCUGUAAAUUUGAUGGGGAAUGUUUAAGAAUUGGAGACACUGUGACUUGCGUCUGUCAGUUCAAGUGCAACAGUGACUACGUGCCUGUGUGUGGCUCCAACGGGGAGAGCUAUCAGAACGAGUGCUACCUGCGGCAGGCCGCCUGCAAGCAGCAGAGCGAGAUACUCGUCGUGUCCGAAGGAUCCUGUGCCACAGAUGCAGGAUCAGGAUCUGGAGAUGGAGUUCACGAAGGCUCAGGAGAAACCAGUCAGAAGGAGACGUCAACCUGUGAUAUUUGCCAGUUUGGUGCAGAAUGCGAUGAAGACGCCGAGGACGUCUGGUGUGUGUGCAACAUCGACUGUUCUCAAACCCACUUCAAUCCCCUCUGUGCUUCUGAUGGGAAGUCUUACGAUAACGCGUGUCAGAUCAAAGAAGCAUCGUGUCAGAAACAGGAGAAAAUUGAAGUCAUGUCGUUGGGUCGAUGUCAAGAUAACACAACUACAACAACUAAAUCUGAGGAUGGGCAUUAUGCAAGAACAGAUUAUGCAGAGAAUGCUAACAAGUUAGAAGAAAGUGCAAGAGAACACCACAUACCUUGCCCAGAACACUACAAUGGCUUCUGCAUGCACGGGAAGUGUGAACACUCGGCCAAUAUGCAGGAGCCCUCUUGCAGGUGUGAUGCUGGUUAUACUGGACAACACUGUGAAAAAAAGGACUACAGUGUACUGUAUGUUGUUCCCGGCCCCGUACGAUUUCAGUACGUCUUAAUCGCAGCUGUGAUUGGAACCAUCCAGAUUGCUGUCAUCUGUGUGGUGGUUCUCUGCAUCACAAGGACCUGGGACAAAGCAACGUAACACCUUGUGGCCGCCUGACCCACCAAGUAAAGGUGCACGGGAAAGCUCAGUAAGAAAGUGAGGGACUGCUAAGUCUUUCUUCGAAUCCACAGAUGGCUUUCACAUUCCCUUUAAAUAGGCAGAAUGGACACAUGCUCUUGUUUUAUUUCUUAUUAAUAUCACUUAGUUCUGAUCUGAUUUUAAAGAAGGGAAACUUGUUUAAUGACUCUCUAUGGCACAGCUCAGAAAGACCCCAAGGUAAACUGCUACGUAGGAUGAAACUCAAACCAAAGGAACAGAGAAACAAGGGGCACCUAGUCUGAUUUCAUUUGUUCGAGAUGUGGGUCUUGAUUCUAUCAUUAGCCAUUCAUGUGAAGGAAUGCAAGUAAAAACGAAAAGCGUCGGCUCCGAAGAACGUACUUCCAGAGCUGCUGAGGCAGAAACUGUAAAACGAACCCUGCUUUCCAUGAGGUCAGCGGUAAAUGGAUGAGAUGUAUUCAGAAUAAAUUACCACCGGCAAAGGCAAACCAAGAGCGCUCCUCGGUGAGGUGAGCGGGGACCUUUGGAUUUUAUCCACCAGACAUUGUCUUAUGGAAAACUGGAGAGAGAGGAAGGGAAAAACCACUGUAUGUGACCUAAUCCUAAGGAUCUAUAUGGCCACCACUGUAGCAAUAUAAAGUAAAAAGAAGUAACAAGAACCUGCUUUGCUAAUGGUUCAUAAGAAUGAUGAGUAGGAAGAAGGCACUGAAUCUGUCAGACCCAAAAGGUGUAUGCUGGAGAGAAAAAUCUGUAAGAUACUAUGAGAGAUUAAACUGUUUUUAAUUGCAUACAUUACUUUUAUGUGUUUGCACAUUUAUCAUUAAAAUUUGAUUACUC